AUGCUGAAGCAGUGUUCUUGCCAACCGCCAACAUUCUCGUUCGUGGCCGAUCAGGAGACUUCCUUCCCCGCCGAGCGCUACUUGAUUCCGCCACGCAAGUUCAUCACAUCACGGCUGGCCAGCCAACUUCAGCUUUAUCGCCGAAGUUCCACCUGCUACUCUCGCGUAACUGAGGAGGUUGAGCUGCAGAACCUGAACGAUCGUCUGGCUAUCUAUUUUGACCGUGUGCGUAACUUGGAGAUAGAGAAUUCCCGCCUGAGCAUCGAGGUGCAGACCACCAGGGACACGGUCACCCACGAGACGAGCAAUAUCAAGAACAUCUGGAUGCUACGGCCAGGGAUCAUGCCCGCUGCGAGAUCGUUAGCAAGCGGGGUGCUGCACGAUUUUGAGCUCGUACGCGAAUUGGAGCAGAAACUAGAUAACACUCGCGAGCGUCUCGACCAAGAGGUGGCUCAGCUCGAGAAGGAGCUUAUUCGACUGAGCGAAGAGAUGACCUAUCAACCGCAGGAGUACCAGGAUAUCGCAGUCUCACUGGAUUUGGAAAUCGUUGCCUACGAUAAGGACUACUAUGUGGCAGCCAGUGUCCAAGGCAACGUGGAGAACAAGGAGAUCGAUGCCGCUGGCAAGUUCGUGAAGUAUAAGGGCAACUAUGAGGUAGCCAUUAGAGUUACUUUGCAGCGCAUGCGCUAUUGGCAGCUUUACUUCUUUCUGUGGGCUUAUUUGAAGAGCAACGUUUAUGCCUGUAAUCCUCAAAUCCUUGACGAACUAAAGGACAGCAUCCGUGCCGAAAUGAGAGCCAUACCGACCGAUAUGCUCUAG